AAAGAAAAUUAGAAAAUUCAAAAGUUCGAUUUUGUUGUCCUCUUUUAAUUCGUUUAUUCAAUAUCUUUGAAAAUCUUGCUGUAUUAGCAAAGAGCAAGAAACUUCAUGGAGCUUUUCUAGUAAUUGUUUGGGUUUGAAUGGUUCCCAAGUUAACUUAGCAAAAAGCUGUAUAAAUAUCAAACCAUUGGUACUGUUCUGGUAUGCACAUUUCCUUAAAACAAAUGAAGCAAACCAUGAGAAUAGUUGUUGCCUUUGUUUUCAUUGCUGUAGCGACCAUCAACAUUAGCUUCUGCAAAGGAAGCUCUUCUGUUGGUUGCCUCCAAAGCGAGAGACUAGCACUUUUAAGGUUCAAGCAAGAUCUCACUGAUCCUGCGAAUCGGCUUGUCUCUUGGACUUCUGAUCAUGAAGAUUGCUGUACAUGGUCUGGUGUUGUCUGUGACAACUUGACGGGCCAUGUGCUUAAGCUCAACCUUAGAACUCCCCCAGAGAAAGAGUAUGUGACUCCAGCUGAAGUUGAAGCCCGUGAUCGGUCAAAAUUGUCCGGUAAGAUAAAUCCGUCCUUGGUUGAUUUGAAGCAUUUGCGUUCAUUGGACUUAAGCGACAACAAUUUUGAAGGAGUAGAGAUUCCCAGAUUUCUUGGAUCUAUGCAGAAUUUAAGGUACCUCAAUCUAUCUGUGAAUUCAUUCCAGGGUAUGAUUCCUCCCCAACUUGGAAACCUCUCUAAUUUACAGUAUCUUGGCCUCGAUGGCAUAUUAGAUGUGAAGAGUUUGUGGUGGUUAUCUCGUCUUUCUUUGUUGAAACACCUUGACUUGGAUGGCGUGGAUCUUAGUAAUUCCUCUGAUUGGUUGCAAGUGAUACACAUUCUCCCUUCCUUAGUAGUGCUAAAAUUAUCACACUGUAAACUUCAUCACUUUCCUCCCCAACCUAUUGCAAAUUUUUCAUCUCUUGCCUCCCUUGAUCUAAGUGGAAAUCAUUUUGAAGGUCCAAUCCCUGAUGGACUUCAAAACUGGACUUCCAUUAGACAUCUUGAUUUAUCUGAAAAUCACUUCAAUUCUUCGUUGCCCAGUAGCUUGUACAGACUUAGAAACCUUGAGGAACUUUUCCUUUCAGACAAUCGCUUGCAAGGCUCGAUGGAUGGACUAGGAAACCUGUCUUCUAUCAAAGUACUUGAUCUCUCACUAAAUGAUUUUGACGGAGGAAUGCCAGUAUCAUUUGGAAGACUUUGCAACUUGAGAUCAAUGUCUCUUGAAGCGGUCAUACUGAAUCAGGAAAUAUCUCAAGUCUUGAGUAUUUUCUCCGAAUGUGUUGCAAAAGUUUUAGAGCAUUUGAACUUGGCGGACACUCAACUUUUUGGUCCAUUGACCAACCAACUUGGACGUUUCAAAAAUUUAAAAUCUCUUCGUCUAUAUUACAACUCAAUUUCAGGUCCUAUUCCAAGGUCUUUAGGAGAACUUUCAUCCUUAGAAAUUUUGCUUCUUGCUUAUAACCAAUUCAAUGGAACUCUUUCUGAAAUCCACUUUAACAAUCUCACAAGACUGAUGGCAUUAGGAGUAUCUGGAAAUUCAGUAAUGUUUAAAUUCUCUCCUCAGUGGGCUCCUACAUUUAAACUUCUACUUUUACGGUUAGGUUCUUGUCAUUUAGGCCCUCAUUUUCCAUCUUGGCUUCGUUUUCAAAUGAGUUUGUAUUACCUUGAUAUAUCCAACUCAAGCAUUUUUGACACUAUUCCACAAUAUUUGUUCAAAUUUCCAUUAACAUUUUUAAAUCUCUCACACAACAAAUUCUAUGGCGAGAUUCCAAAUUUAAUUCAGUCAACUCAACUUUCUUCACUUGACUUGAAUUCAAAUAAUCUAUCAGGUCUGUUACCUCAGAUACCCAAAAAUAUGUAUGUACUCGAUCUUUCCAACAAUGUUUUUUUAGGAUUCAUGUUUGCUCAGUUGUGUACUAAGAUGAAUGAAUCAAAAAGUUUGAUGGAAAUACUGAUCCUCAAUAAAAACUUCUUAUCAGGGGAAUUACCUGAUUGUUGGAUGAAUUGGCAACACUUAAAAGUUCUAAAUUUAGAGAACAAUAGAUUCACUGGAACCCUUCCUCCUUCUAUUGGGUCUUUAACUUCUCUUCAGUCAUUAAACCUUCGCAAAAACAACUUUGUUGGGGAAGUACCUUUGUCACUUCAGAAUUGUACAAAGUUAGUUAAACUUGAUCUUGGUGAAAAUGAGUUCGUUGGAAAUGUCCCUGCCUGGAUGGGAGAAAGAUUUUCAAGAAUAAAGAUUCUCAUCCUUCGAUCAAAUAAGUUCCAAGGUCUUUUACCAAGGGAACUUUGCCAUCUCACUUCUCUACAAAUCUUAGAUUUGGCUUAUAACAAUUUAUUUGGAAACAUACCGAGGUGUAUCAGUAACUUCAGCGUCAUGAUGAGAGAGAGUGAAAUGGAUGAUGAUAUAGAGUACCCAUCUAAUAAUGUAUAUUUUAAUUCAAGUUUUAUGGAGGAUGCAUUACUUGUGAAUAAAGGUGAAAUGGCUAAAUAUAAUACAAUUUUGAAAUUUGUAAGAAUGAUAGAUCUUUCAAAGAAUAACUUCUCUGGAGGCGUCCCUAUGGGAGUGACUGAUCUUUCAACGUUGCAAUCACUAAAUUUGUCUCACAAUUCUUUGACUGGCAGAAUUCCAGAGAACAUUGGUGCUAUGAGUUCUCUAGAGGUCAUUGAUUUUUCUGGAAAUCAACUUUCCGGUGAAAUCCCACAAAGCAUUUCAAAGCUGACAUUUUUAAGUGUCCUGAACUUAUCCAACAACAAACUUUCUGGAAGAAUUCCUUCAAGCACUCAACUACAAAGUUUUAGUGCAUCUUCUUUUACUGGCAAUGAACUUUGUGGUCCUCCUCUUUCUAAUAAUUGCACAGUGAGCGUUUCAACAUCCAGCAAUCAGAACAGAGGAGAAAAAGAUGGCAAUGAAGACGAAGUAGAUUGGUUUUUUGUAAGUAUGGCUCUUGGAUUUGUGGUAGGAUUCUGGAGUUUUAUAGGACCUCUAUUCUUCAACAGGAGAUGGAGGCGCAUGUAUUUCCAAUUCCUGAAUCACCUCCAGGAGAAACUGGGCAGUGUUGUAAGAAAAUGUUGCUAG